ACAGGAAGAUGUUCCAGCGGUUUGGCCUCCGGCAGCGCUCAGCCGUGGGGAUCGCCGCCGUGGCCGCCGUGCUGGCGGCUUGCUGGGCCCAGAAUGACGAAGACUGCAAGUUGGCCAGGACGGGUCCUCCAGCCACAAUAGUCCCCAUCGACGAGGAGAGCCGGAACGGCACGAUCCUGGUUGACAACAUGCUCAUCAAAGGGACGGCGGGAGGCCCUGACCCCACCAUCGAACUCUCCUUGAAGGACAACACGGAUUACUGGGUGAUCCUCGAUCCCAUCAGCCAAAGGCUCUACCUGAACAGCACUGGCCGAGUCCUGGACAGAGAUCCGCCRACCUCCAUCCAGUCCAUCGUGGUGCAAGUGCAGUGCGUGAACAAGAAGGUGGGCACYGUCAUCAACCACGAGGUGCGCGUCGUGGUGAGGGACAGGAACGACAACUCGCCCCGCUUCCAGCGGCAGCAGUACUACGUGGCAGUGAACGAGCUGACGCCCGUGGGUACAACCAUCUUCACGGGGUUCUCCGGCAGCAGCGGUGCCAUCGACAUCGACGACGGGCCCAACGGCCAGAUCGAGUACGUCAUCCAGUACAACCCCGACGACAAGGCUUCCAACAGGACCUUUGACAUUCCGCUCACUUUGUCCGGAGCCGUGGUUUUACGGGAGAGGCUCAAUUACGAAGAAAAGACUCGUUACCUUGUGAUUGUUCAAGCAAACGACCGAGCGCAGAACCUCAACGAGCGAAGGACAAGCACAACCACGCUCACAGUGGAUGUGCUYGAUGGCGACGACCUGGGGCCCAUGUUUCUCCCUUGUGUCUUGGUGAACAACACGCGGGACUGCAGGCCCCUCACCUACCAGGCGAGCCUGCCAGAACUGACCGAUCCUGCAUAUGUGAAUCCCAUCGAGGUAAUUCCACCGAUACAAGCCAUAGAUCAGGACCRAAACAUCCAGCCUCCUUCGGAUCGACCGGGCAUCCUCUACUCCAUCCUAGUAGGUACCCCUGAAGACUAUCCCCAGUACUUCCACAUGAACCUCACCACUGCCGUGCUCACGCUCCUGAAGCCCAUCAACAGGGACCUGCACCAGAAGUUCGACUUGGUUAUUAAGGCCGAGCAGGACAACGGCCACCCUCUUCCUGCCUUUGCCAGUUUGCACAUAGAGGUCCUCGACGAGAACAACCAGCGGCCUUACUUCACGCGCUCGACAUACGAGGGCUUUGUCCUCGAGUCCUCCCCCGUGGGCACCACCAUCUCCGAGAACCUCAACCUGACCUCGCCGCUGGGCCUUGUCGUGUUGGACAAYGACGUGGAGGAGACGAAGGACCCUCAGCUGCAGCUCUUUCUCAACGACUACACCACGGUGUUCACUGUGACUCAGACGGGCAUCACCCGCUACCUCACCCUGCUGCAGCCCGUGGACAGGGAGACCCAGCAGCUCUACACAUUUUCGAUGACGGCGUCCGACGGCGUGCAGGAGAGCGCCCCGGUCACCGUCCACAUCGUGGUCAUGGAUGCGAACGACAAUUCCCCAACGUUCUCCAACAUCUCCUACAGCGUAAAGGUCUAUACGGACAUGGGACCUGGAGAAGGCGUCAUAAAGCUCUCCGCCGUAGACGCCGACGAGGGACCCAACGGGCAGAUUGUGUAUGAGAUUCUGGCCGGGCAUCAGGGAGACUUCGUCAUCGAUGACCGCAGCGGCCUUGUGACCAUCGCUCCGGGGGCGGUCCUGGCCGUGGGGCGCUCCUAUGCGCUCACGGUCAGGGCGUCCGACAGCGCGCCCCCUGCACAGAGAAGGAGCUCCAUCACCACAGUUUACAUCGAGGUCCUUCCACCCAACAACCAGAGCCCUCCCCGCUUUCCCCAGCUGAUGUACAGCCUGGAAGUGAGCGAGGCCAUGCGCGUCGGGGCUGUGCUGUUAAACCUGCAGGCUGUGGAUAGAGAAGGAGACCCCAUCAGAUACCUCAUUCAAAACGGAGAUCCUCAGCAAGUGUUUAACCUCUCGCAAAGCUCUGGACUGCUGUACUUAGCCAAGCCCUUGGACAGAGAGAGCACUGACCGCUAUAUUCUCAUCGUUACAGCCUCAGAUGGCAGACCAGACGGGACCUCAACGGCUACUGUUAAUAUAGUAGUGACUGAUGUAAAUGACAACGGGCCCGUUUUUGAUAUGUUUUUACCUAAAAACCUCUCUGUCCAAGAGGAGGAAGCCAAUGCUUUUGUCGGCCAAGUGAGGGCUACGGACGCCGACGCCGGAGUCAACGGGCAAGUUCAUUACAGCCUGGCAAACCUCAAUCACCUUUUCCGCAUCACGUCCAAUGGGAGCAUUUACACGGCAGUAAAGCUGAACCGGGAGGUGAGGGACUACUACGAGCUCACGGUGGAAGCGACGGACGGCGCCGCCGACCCCCGCCGCUCCACGCUCACGCUGGCCAUCAAGGUGCUGGACAUUGAUGACAACAGCCCCGUCUUCACCAACGCGUCCUACACGGUCUGUGUGCCAGAAAACCUGCCGCCUGGCACCGUCUUCCUGCAAAUAGAGGCUAAGGACGUGGAUCUCGGUGCUAACGUUACCUACCRGAUUCGCACGCAGGAAGCACUGCAGUAUUUCGCGCUCAACAAGUACACGGGAGAGCUGUCGCUCCUCAAGUCCUUGGACUAUGAGUCUUUCUCCGACACGGAAGCCACCUUCACCUUCCUAGUGGAAGCCUUCGACAGCAAGGGCACCAUGCCCCCCGGUCUUGCUACUGUCACCGUGAGGAUCAAGGACAUGAAUGAUUACUCGCCAGUCUUCAGCAAGAAGCUCUACAGGGGAAUGGUCGCUCCUGACGCAGCCAAGGGCACCGUUAUCACCACUGUUACAGCUGAGGACCAAGAUCCCCCGGGCACCCCGGCGAGCCGAGUGCGGUACAAAGUGGACGUCGUGCAGUUCCCCUACAGCGCCAGCAUCUUCGACGUGGAGGAGAACUCRGGCCGUGUGGUGACCCGCGUGAACCUCAAUGAAGAGCCGAGCACGGUGUUCAAGUUAGUCGUCAUUGCGUACGAUGAUGGGGAUCCUGUGAAGUCCAACACCACGAUGGUGGAAAUUGCUGUGCUGCAGCCUUCCGUAAUUCCACGCUUCACCCAGGAUGAAUACAGGCCACCGCCAGUGAGCGAGAGCGCGCCCAGGGGCACCGUGGUCGCCGUGGUCCUCGCGGCCGCCCUCAACCAGACUGUCGUCUACUCCAUCGUCUCGGGAAACGAAGAGGAUGUGUUUGCUAUAAACAACCAGACGGGAGUGAUCUCAGUUAAGAAGCCUCUGGACUAUGAAAGGGUGAAGAGCUACGAGCUACGAGUUCAAGCAGACUCCUUGCAGGUGGUCCGGUCCAAUCUGCGUGUCCCUUCCAAAAGUAAUACAGCCAAGGUGUUCAUUGAGGUGCAGGAUGAGAAUGACCACGCCCCUGUCUUUACCAAAAAACUCUACAUUGGAGGAGUAUCGGAAGAUGCGAAAAUGUUUUCUUCUGUGCUUAAAGUUAAGGCUGAUGAUAAAGACACUGGGAAUUACAGUGCUAUGCAAUACAGACUCAUCAUUCCUCCAAUCAAGGACGGUAAAGAAGGUUUUGUGAUAGAAGCUUAUACAGGGCUAAUAAAAACUGCUAUGCUGUUCAAAAAUAUGAGAAGAUCCUAUUUCAAGUUUCAGGUCAUUGCAACCGACAAUUAUGGGAAAGGACUGAGCAGCAAAGCGGAUGUGCUUGUCUCGGUGGUCAACCAGUUGGACAUGCAGGUCAUCGUCUCUAAUGUGCCCCCCACCCUCGUGGAGCAAAACAAAGAUCAACUGAUUGGGAUUUUGGAACGCUACGUCCAAGACCAGAUUCCUGGUGCCACAGUAGUAGUGGAAUCGAUUGGAGCGCGGAGGUUCGGGGACGGAUACUCGGARGAGGAUUACACCAAGUCUGACCUGAUGGUCUACGCCAUUGACCCUCAAACCAACAGAGCUAUAAUGAGGAAUGAGCUUUUUAAGUUCCUGGACGGCAAGCUGCUGGACAUCAACAAAGAGUUCCAGCCGUACCUCGGCCAGGGCGGGCGCAUCCUGGAGAUCCGCACGCCCGACGUGGUGGCCAACGUCAAGAAGCAGGCGCAGGCCGUGGGCUACACGGAAGGUGCUCUGCUUGCCCUGGCCGUCAUCAUCAUCCUGUGCUGUAUGCCAGCUAUCUUGAUAGUUAUGGUCAGCUACAGACAAUUCAAAGAGCGCCAGGCCGAGUGCGCUAAGACGGCUCGUAUCCAGAUGGCCUUGCCAGCGGGCAAGCCGGCCAGCGCCGCUGCCAACAACCUCUAUGAGGAGCUGGGCGACAGCACCAUGCGAGGAUAUGCACAGCAAGAGCAACAGCAGUUGCUGAGACCUUCUCUUCUCAGACCAGAGGAGUUAAGUAUGGAAUCUGGAAUUGACCCAGGGCAGGAAUACUAUGGGCAAGAUUACUACAGUUAUGAGCAUGGUUAUGAGCUGCCUCAGUACGGGAGUCGCCGCCGGUUGCUGUCUCCUUCGGGAAUGUAUGACGAGUACGGGGAAGUGGUUGUGGAGAACGAUGGCGGCUAUUACUAUAGUCCACACGGACCGACAGCRGAGGAGGGAAUGAGUCAAGGCAGAGGUCCUCCAGGGAGAGGUAUAAGCCAGAGAGCAGGGCUUCAAAUGGAAGGGAGACCUGUAGGUGGUGGGAUGGAUCUAAGACAUGGUACUGCAAGAAUGUAUAGAAGCAGCCAGGGCAAAAGGAAACUAAGAGCAGUGAUGCAUUUAAGUCGCCUAGCAGUAAGCACUCGCCGUCCAGUACGGAGAGCUGAGCCUGCUCCUUCUCCGUGGAAGAAAGCGAAGAUAUUCCCAAUGAUUCUACAGAAAGUCAAGGGCGGUAGGAAGGACUCCAGUUAUGCCAAGCUCAUGUCAGCUCGCCAAGCAGAUGGUGAUGAGAGCGUGAUUGUCAAGGGAAGUUACUUCCAGAAAUCGACAGAUGAGAGACCUUCCAUGAGGAAGCUGAACCACGUGUUGAAACGCAUCAGUGUUUCCAAAAAAAUGCAGGAGAUCCACGCGAGAGGAAAAGGAGAGGAGGAGCAUGAAGGUGAUGAAACAAAAUCAGGAGUUUCAAUAAGUAUCACGGCCGAAAGUGAACAUGAGGAGAGUGAUUAUGAAAAGAAGAAAAAGAAGAGAAGACGGCACACAUCUGAGGAUGAGUCAUCAGUGAAGAGUAGUAGCUCUGCCUCAGAGUCGGAAGAUAAAGACUAUUUGAAAGUAACACUGGACCAAGAUGAAGCCACUGAGAGUACUGUGGACUCUGAUGAGGAAGAUGGGCACGGUUUUGRGGAGUCAGAAGACGACGACUCAGGGUCCAGCUCCAGUAGUGACUCCGAGGAGGACUCAUCCGAAGAGGAAGACGAUGACGAGGAGGACUCGGAAAGCGAUGAAGACGAUAGCCAGUCYAAGAGCUCCUCAACGCAAAGUUCAUUCAGCCGAUCAGGUCCUAGCGAGUCCAGCAGCAGCAGCAGAAGGUCAAGCACAAGAAGCAGAGGGGGUGGCUCUCGUGGAAGAGUGAGGCGCUCCAGCCAGAAGUCAGCGGCRAGUUCGGAUGCGUCUGGGAGCGAGAGGAACACCAGCUACCGGAAAACUUCAGGAUCCAGCUAUAGGAGCAAAACAUCCUCGGCCAGCCUUGAAAUAGAAGACACGAUAGAAGAGGUGUCGGAAGAAGAGGAGCAAGCAGACGUGGAGCAAGGUGACGCGAGCCUUGACGAGGCAGCAGAUGACGGAGAUGAUAAGGCCCCUCCUGAAACAUCUUCGGGCAAUGCAAGAAGAACUGCCACUGCUAAAGCAAACAGGAAAGAUAAAUCGAGUGUUAGUGGUGGUGAGCAUGUGGAUGAAAGUUCAGAGGAGGUUGCUACAGAUGACAGUGACGGAGAGGAGACCACCAGUAAGAAUGAGUCUAGUUGCCUGGACAGUGAAAUCAGCUCCGCCACCAAAGGAACCAAAAGCACGACGAGCGCCACCUCGAGCAAAACCGAGGCUUCCCGUCAGAGCGGGACUCAAAGCUCUGACACCAAGUGGGCCAGGAAGAAAAGGAUCAAGUUGAUAGUCGACCCCGAAUACGAGACUAGCUCCACCGGAGAAGACAGCGCUCUGGACUCCAGCCAGAGGAAUCGUCUGAGCAACCCCAAUAUCCAGAACAAUGUCAACGGUAACAUCUACAUUGCCCAGAACGGCUCAGUUGUCCGAACGCGCCGCGUUUGCCUUGCUAAUAAUUUAAAAGUCACAUCCCCAGCGCGRCUGGGGAAGCACUUCAAGAAACUGGACAAGCUCGCGGUGACGCACGAGGAGAACGUCCCGCUGACCACCUUGUCCCCAGGGCUGCCCUCGGGCGACAAAAUAAACACCAGACCUUGCAGUGUCUCGUUUGCACCCUCGGCUGUAGGUGCCGAGCAUGGAGUAACAAAGCUGGGGGGCACCAAACUGAAAAGCACAGAAGAGCAGGAGUCAGUGGUGGACAACGAGGACACCAAAGAGCCCUUGGAGUCGCACAGCGAACACACGCAGUCCGAUGAGGAAGAGCUCUGGAUGGGCCCUUGGAAUAAUCUUCACAUACCAAUGACGAAACUGUGAUUUUCUUUUUUUUUUUCUUAAUUUUUACUUCAGUUUAUAAUAAACUGCGCUUUUUAUUGUCACCGAGGAAAAUGUAUGAAGUUUGUAUCGUGCACAUAUGUUGUAUACUACAAACAACAUGCUUUAAAGGCUAAAAGGAAAAAAAUAUAUUUGCACUCACAUUUGUACCAAUUAAUUGUCCUCCCCAACGACGAUUUUGACAGGCUCCCAUUGCACUAAACAAUCCUUCGUUUGAGUUUAUUAGUCCUUUUGGAUCUUGGUUAUCGUUUAAUAAAUGGCAGAACUACUAAUAAAUGCACAGCAGCAUUUGGGUAACUUCUCAGACCGUUCUCUACCUGCCUAACCUGGUGUUCUGUAUGGUAUUCAUGGCUCUGCUGUCUAGAUUUGGAAAUUGUCUAUUUAUGGUCUUGGUUUCUAUCCAGAGCACUUGAUUCUGAACUCAGAGUAAUAAAUUAAAAAUAAAUCCCUGGAAGUCAACAGAGCAGGUCCUCGGCUGGUUUAAAUUUGAGUGGCACUGCCACAAGAGAGAGCGAUAGAUCAGCUUAUGCAGAGCUUAUCAGCUUAUGUCUGUAAGAGUGGUCUAAGCAUGGACAAAAUUUGGCUAAAAUUCAUUUAAAAUUACAGAGAGGACUAAAAUGCAUAGCAAUUAAUCUUAUUCAGAGUUACCUGGCCGUACKUUGUUCAUGUGCUUUGGUAAAUUAGCUUUGGUAAAUUAGCUCAUUCUUGUUUCCUUCCCCAGUUUGUUUUUCAUCUCUUCCCAUGUUGUUUCUGUUUUCUUCUCUGCAUGGUCCUUGGUUCCAGUUUCUGUGCUCCAUCUGUAAUUGUCAUCCUAGGGCUCUACAGUUCUCUGAACUAAAGCAGGACAAUAUCAGAAUCUGCAGGAAGGAAGAGCUUUUAAGAAAGGUUUAUUUGUAAAAUAYCGUUUUGUCUGGAGCCCGCUCCAGACUUUCGUUUUGUAACUUAAAAAGCAGUUGAUGCCUCGCAGCAACUUGAGUAGAGAGCCGAGAACUGAAGCUAUUGGUAAUCGCUAUGUGGUACCUAAGAGUUCUUGGCACUGCAGAGCAGUGUGUUUUUCUCCAAAGCAAUAUUAGAAAGAAAAAAAAAAAUCCCAUGUAUUCACAUGAGAAAAGAUCUUGUUGUAUUAUGCAGGUCAUUUGUUCUUUCAGGAUGAGUUUAAACCCGACAUGAGAGUGGAUAACCUUUGAAAGAUAGGGUCAAUGGAGAAACAUUUUCCAGUGAUGACAGCAGGCGUCACCGCUCCCUUCUUGACACUGUAAUCAAGGUGAAUGGCAAGGUCUGGAUGCCGAGAGCUUUUGGUUUAGCCUCAAUUAUAAAUGGACUUCUACU